ACGCCAGACCUGCCCUGGGCCUUUGGGGAAUACCAGCCAGCCCCAGCCCCUUGGUUCGUGCCACCUCUCCCCCUGCCACCGCCCCUCUGCUGCCAGGUGCUGCCUCACCUGCAAACUCACCCAGGGUGCGAGGGCAGCGAGAUGGCAUGCGCCCCACCUGGCCUCGUGGCAGUCCCUGGGCAGCUGUUCCCACCACCGCUGGGGCCCAUCUGGUACCCAGCAGCGUGCUCUGACCUGCCUGGCCGCCUGUUGCUGGGCCCCCGGGACAGGAACGCAGGCUCCAGCGCCCUCCGGGAGCCGAUGCCACUGGGCACCCAGGUGCCCUCCGCCUUGGCUCCUCUGCCGCUCUGGCCACCUCAGGGCCUUGUCUUCUCCCCCAUCUCCGAAGAGCAGCUGCAGAAGGAGGCCGCUGAGGCCUUGAUGGUGCUGAGAAACACUCCCAAGCCAGCCCCUGCUGCUGCCAUGCCCACCUUCCUGCCCCCUUGCCCUACCUGGCCGCCAUUCCCCGGUUUCCCUGCCCCGCCCUGCGACGCCAGCCUCCUGAUGGCGUCAGACCCCACCCAGACGCAGGUCCUGACGGGCUCCAGCGACAGGGCAGCACCUGCAGGGCUGACGCCGCUACGGGCAGCCCUGCACCGACACACCCGCACCCCUGCUCCGCAGUACCGGGGCUCCCACCUGGUCUCGCCAGGACCGCCCUGGCGUCCGCCAGUGGUUUCCAAUGCCCAGGGCUCCAGAGCCAGCUCUGGCAGGGCUCCCCGCAGCAGUCUCCGCUACCCCCCGGAUCCGCCCUCUGCAGCCCACAUGCUGCUUCCUGCGCAUGCUACCCUCGGUAGCCCCUACCCGCUGCUGCCCCUGUGCCCUGAGAUGCCUUUUUCCCCUCUGCCCCUGCCGAGCACCCCCAUCAUGAUGGAAGUGCAUGUGCUCCCCAUGCUCAGCCCCGUGCCUUAUGGCACGGCUCAGCUGCCCCCCACAGACCCCGCACCCCCCCCAGGACCCACGUCACAGCAGGGCAGCAGCAACCCGGCGCCAGGCGAGAGCAGCAGCAAGGCACCAGGGAGCCCAGGAGCAGCAGAUCCUGCCAGUGCGGUGCCUGGCUGCCAGGACCUACACCGCCCUGCGCCCAGCACUUCUCCCUCCGUCUUGCUCGACCUCCACCAGCUGGGCUCCAUCUCCAUGCCCAGCUAGGGCCAUACUGCACAGAGCCUUCCCCUGCUUGUGCUGGCAGCUGGUUUGGAAAAAGCCGGGGGUGCAUUUAAUUGGUUUUUAAUUGUCCCAUGUUGUCUACAGGCAGGCCACGCCAAUAAAGUCUGGUUUGGACAUGG